AUGCAGCAACUUUCUCAGGAAGAUCAGGACUCUAGCGAUGAGCAGCAACAGCAGCAGCAGCAGCAGCAAGAUGAGAACCCGCAUCCAGAAGAGCAGCAGCAACAGCAGCAGGAGCAAGGACAGCAACAGGAGGAGGUGCAGCAGCAACAGGAGCAGCAGGAGGAAGAGGAGCGCAUGCCGGGCUCUCGCUUCAGUCGUGAAUGGGGUGAAGUAUAUUUGCUUUCAGAUGCACAGGGUGUAAGCAGGACCAGUGGUCAAUCAGCAACAGACACAGACAGCGCUUCAGGAGCAGACAGCAGCGGCUUUGAUCCGUCUCCAUCUCCAACUCGUAGAAAUAAUCUGCACCGCCUUCUUUCUUCUUCUUCCAGGUGUAUAUACACUUACAACAACGCAGCAGCAAUAAACCCAGCAGCAGCAGCAGCUUCAAACCCAAAUGCUGGUCCUAUAUGUAGCAAUUCAGCAGCAGCAGCAGCAACAACAGCAGCAGCAGUAGGUGCAGCAGCAGCAACAGCAGGUGCAGCAACUGCAGCAGGAGGAGGAGCAGCAGGAGGAGCAGCAGCGCGUGCAGCAGCAAAGGCUGCAGCAGCAGCAGCAGCAGCAGCAGGCACCCCUUGCUUAGCACCUCGACGCCUAAGACUUAAAGCCCCUCCUCGUGUUGUUUGGGUUAGCGGGAGAUUCAUCAGAGAAUUAGCGAGCAACGAUCAACGCGCUGGGCAGCUGGUCAGACACAAAUAG